AUGAGGCUUUCUUCCUUGCUGAUAGGGGCAACAUCUGCUAGUGCAUUUAUUGCACCACGUACCUUACACCUAGCUGGAUCGAAUAACGUCCACAAGACACACACCAUUCACAGACUUUCCUUGGAUGAAGGACUUUCUGCAGUUGAUGCCGCGACGUCAAAAGUCGCAACGAUUGGAGAAAACAGUUUUGCUUCUAUUAUAGAGAAAUUGGAUGAUUUGAAUCAGUUUAUUGAUUCGAAUUACCACAAGGAUUUGAAUGCUGUAUUGAGCGAAUUCCAAGCCGUGUUCAAGGAAUCAAAUCUCGUUGAGUCAGAGGUCGCCACUUAUCUAUCGAACAUCUCUCGCGAGGUUGAUCAGUGGCUCUUGAAUCAAAAUCCAGGUGUUGAAUCCCUAUACAACAAAAUACUGACUCAGAUUACAAGCCUCAAGUUGGAUACACCAGAGGUGCUGAUUGUAUCAUCAUUCCUUACCUACACCAUUGUCAACAGCAUCCUCACUUGGGACCAGCCUCCACCUCCUUCGAAGCCAUAUCCUUUGAAACGGUACGAUCCGAUUGGCGCCCAGGUAUAUUUCAACGGGAAACCAUUUCAAGCAAUUUCCAGAGGGGUCGAAAUAUCUCUGAAGUCGCUGCGGUUUGCACUCUCAUUGUUGCAGGACAAAGUCCAGGACAAAUGGGACGAGAAUCAGGAAAAGCGAGGAAUGCAGCUGGCAGAAUUGUUGACAGAAUUGGGUCCUACUUUCAUCAAGAUUGGUCAGUCUUUGUCGAUACGAACUGACAUUCUCAGCCCGGCUUACAUUCGAGGCUUGGCGUCUCUACAAGACAAAGUUCCUGCCUUCGACACGAAGGUAGCUAAGCAAAUUCUGGAAGAGGAGUGGGGUCGACCCGUGGAUUCAGUCUUGAGCAAGAUUAGCAGCGAACCCGUAGCUGCAGCGUCGUUGGGUCAAGUAUACAAAGCAACAAUGAAAGACGGGACGGAAGUAGCCAUCAAAGUUCAACGACCAAACAUUUCGGAUCAAAUUGCUCUUGAUAUGCAUCUCUUGCGUGAAUUCGCACCAUUCGCCAAACGAACCUUCAACAUGAACACAGAUACUACUGGAACUGUUGACGCUUGGGGUUCUGGAUUUGUGGACGAGCUAGACUACCUCCAGGAAGCUGAAAAUGGAAAGUACUUCUUGCAAAAGAUUCAAGAAACCCCUUUAAAGGAUGUUGUAAUUGCUCCUACCGUGGUUGAUGAGUUGUCAACAGCAUCCGUGCUUGUAACUGAAUGGAUCGAUGGUCAACGGUUGGACCAGAGCAGUAGCGAGGAUAUCACCGUCUUGUGUAGCAUCUGCAUGAACACUUACUUGACCAUGCUUUUGGAGCUUGGGUUGUUGCAUUGUGAUCCACAUCCAGGAAACUUGUUGCGAACAAAUGAUGGAAAACUAUGUAUUUUGGACUGGGGAAUGGUCACUCGUCUGCCGCCAGAACUACAACUAACGUUGAUUGAGCACAUGGCUCACUUGACUUCCUCUGAUUACGCUGAAAUUCCUCGAGAUUUGCUAUUGCUUGGUUUCAUUCCCGAAGAUAAGGCUGAUCUGAUUGGUGACAGCGGAAUCGUUAAUGUUUUGGCAGAUAUCUAUGGGGCUUGGACAUCGGGUGGCGGUGUUGCUGCAAUCAAUGUUAACCAAGUUGUCAACCAGUUGCAAGAUUUGACCGCAAAAAAAGGAAAUCUUUUCCAGAUUCCGCCUUACUUCGCUUACAUUGCAAAGUCAUUUUCAGUUCUUGAAGGAAUAGGCCUUUCGAAUGAUGCCAAAUAUAGUAUCAUUAAUGAAUGCUUACCAUACGUCAGUAACAGACUCCUUACAGACAAGGAGAGCAUGGGGCCUGCCCUUUCUACAUUUAUCUUCGGUCCCGAAAAGGGCAACAUCGACACAAGAAUCGUUGACUACCGACGCGUUGAACAACUCAUUGAAGGAUUCGGAAACUUCUCCACCUCUUCGUCAGGGGCACUUUUAGGUAAAGAGGAACUCUCUCGCGGAGAAGUGUUAGAGGCAGCAGCUGAUCAAGUGUUGGAUAUUAUCGUCACCGAUGAAGAGAGCCCAUUUCAAGAUAUCUUGUUGGAGCAGCUUGCAAAAAUCGUUGCUGCCAAUUCCAGGUCAAUAUGGACUGAAGCGAGGGAACGAUCAGGGACUCUUCCGUCCGGCCGAAGUGUAUUGGGUACCAUCGUCGACCCUCUUGGUCUUUUCCAAUCGUCGCCGAUAGUGAAUACAUGCGAUAGGGAUGAAAAAAUUGUCGAAACCACUCAAAAGCUUGUUGAGUUGUUGCGAAGGCAGGCGUCUGCAUCAAGCACGACCGGUUUGGUAGACUUUUCUGAUCUUCAGCAAGAUGAAAUAGUUGAGCUUUCUGCUAUUUUGGCAAGGAAAGUGUGGUCCCGCCGCAUAAGUUUCCUGAGGACAGGCAGUAGAUUUGCAACCAAGCUCCUGGAACAGACUGCAGGUAGGUUGGAGAGUGGCGAAAGAAUCCGUCGACCAAGUAGAAAACCAUCAGAUCAGGAGGAUACGCAGGAUAUUCAGGAACCACCAGAAACAGGCGCCGCUAGCAUUGCUAGUAUACCGAUUGCCAAGAAGGACGAUAAAGUGGUGUCGCAAAGACUCAUGGACGCAAGAAAUCGUCUGAAACGUCUGGAACAAGUGGAUGAAGCCGAAGGUGCCGCAAAAGAAGCCGUAGUAUGA